CCAGGAAGGCGAUCCAAUGGCAAGAAGAAACUAGAGGCAAGAGGAAGCGGGUUCGGUUUGUUACAUAAACAACACUCAUUUUCCGACAUAACCAGCCGCUGGACGUUGAUACCGAGAUGCAAGUGAAGAACUCUGCACAGGAGCAGUGACAUGGCUGCUGAUGAUAAGUCUUCCUCCUCCUCUUCCUCCACGCUGGAGUGGAGUGCGGAGCCCCCCCCCCUGCCCCGCAGCCCCUCCCACCUCACGCACUUCAAGCCGCUGACCCCCGAGCAGGACGAGCCCCCACUCCGCUCCGCCUACAGCUCCUUCGUCAGCCUGUUCCGCUUCAGCAAAGAUGAGGGCCGCCCCCCCCCGGUGGCAGAGAAGGUGGAGGUGACCGUGGCGUCCCCUCAGAGGGACCGGGGCAGCUGGUCCAGCCCGUCUCACGCCCUGCACGCCUCCACACACCGCAAGCAGCACCCCCCCGAACUGCUCCGCAGGACCUCCACCGCCUCAGCCAUGGAGUGGGGAGUUGAUGGCCUAAGGGAUCCAUUUUAUGACCUCUCUUUCAGGCAGUGCUUAGAGUACUCUCUGUUUCUUGAGGGCCGCAGGAAGUCGGAAGCACCCCUGGGGAGCCAUGACCCCCGCACGGCAGUCCAGCUGCGCACUGCCCUCAAGAGGCUGAAGGAGAUCAUGGAGGGAAAGAGCCAGGACAGCGAUCUGAAGCAGUACUGGAUGCCCGACAGCCAGUGCAAGGAGUGCUACGACUGCAACGAGAAGUUCACCACCUUCCGGCGCCGCCACCACUGCCGGCUCUGCGGCCAGAUCUUCUGCAGCCGCUGCUGCAGCCAGGAGAUCCCCGGCAAGUUCAUGGGCUACACCGGGGACCUGCGGGCGUGCACGUACUGCAGGAAGAUCGCUCUGAGCUACGCCCACUCGGCGGACUCGGGCUCCAUCGGGGAGGACCUGAGCGCGCUGUCGGACUCGCCCUGCUCCGUGUGCGUCCUGGAGCCCAGCGAGCCGCGGACCCCCGUGGGGGGCCGCAAGGCCAGCCGCAACAUCUUCCUGGAGGAGGACCUGACCUGGCAGAGAAAAACUCCUAUUGGGAUAAGAAAGAAUCUGAUCCAUCAGGAAUCCCAGAGCAGUGGUAUGAGCUCCAGGCUAACUGCUGUGCCAGAAGAUGUGGGCAAAUCUCCAGCCAGGAAGCGGUCGGCCAGCAUCACCAACCUGUCUCUGGACCGCUCCGGGUCCUCCGUGGUCCCGUCCUACGACAGCUCCAUGAGCCCCCAGACCAGCCGCGCCCUGCCCAAACCCGACCACAACGAGGAGGAGCGCAAGAUCCUGCUGGACUCGUCCCAGCUGAAGGACCUGUGGAAGAAGAUCUGCCACAACAGCACGGGCAUGGAGUUCCAGGACCAUCGGUACUGGCUGCGCACCUACCCCAACUGCAUCGUGGGAAAGGAGCUGGUCAACUGGCUCCUUCGCAACGGAACCAUCUCCACCAGGGCUCAGGCGGUGGCGAUAGGACAGGCGUUGGUAGAUGGUCGCUGGCUGGACUGUGUCACUCACCAUGACCAGAUAUUCAGGGACGAGUACGCUCUCUAUCGCCCCCUGCAGAGCACGGAGUUCUCCGAGACCCCGUCCCCGGACAGCGACAGCGUUAACUCUUUGGAGGGACACUCGGAGCCGUCCUGGUUCAAAGACAUCAAGUUCGACGACAGUGACCCGGAGCAGCUGGCCGAUGACUACCCCAUGCCCAACUCCGCCAGUCCAAGUAAGAGAACCUCGGUCAGUAGUUUUCAGUCAGCGGUGGACAGCGAUUCCGCCGCCUCCAUCAACCUCAACGUGGAGCAGGACAACGUCAACUUCCACAUCAAGAAGCAUUCCAAGUACCCCCACGUACCCCCGCACCCAGCUGAGCAGAAAGCUGAGCUGCUGGUGACAGAGGACGGGGGACAGCAGAUCGCCAUCAGCGACGCUUUCAUCAAAGAGUCUCUGUUUAACCGCCGGGUGGAGGAGAAGGCGAAGGAGAUGCUCUUCACUCCUCUGGGAUGGCACCACAGCUCGCUCGACCAGCUGAGGGAGGAGAACGGGGAGAAGAAGGCCAUGGAGAGGCUGCUCUCGGCGAACCACAGCCACAUGAUGGCGCUGCUGCAGCAGCUGCUGUACAGCGAGUCGCUGUCUCUGUCCUGGCGGGACAUCAUCGUGCCCGUGGUGCGGCAGGUCGUGCAGACCGUGCGGCCGGACGUACGCAGCUGUGACGACGACAUGGACAUCCGCCAGCUGGUCCACAUCAAGAAGAUUCCGGGCGGGAAGAAGUUUGACUCGGCUGUGGUGAACGGAUUUGUCUGCACCAAGAACAUCACCCAUAAGAAGAUGAACUCCUACAUCAAGAACCCCAAGAUUCUGCUGCUGAAGUGUUCCAUAGAGUACCUGUACAGGGAGGAGACCAAGUUCACCUGCAUCGACCCCAUCGUGCUGCAGGAGCGGGAGUUCCUGAAGAACUACGUGCAGCGCAUCGCGGACGUGCGGCCCAACCUGGUGCUGGUGGAGAAGACGGUGUCACGCAUGGCCCAGGACAUGCUGCUGGAGCACGGCAUCACGCUCGUCAUCAACGUCAAACCCCAAGUGCUGGACCGGGUGAGCAGGAUGACGCAGGGGGACCUGGUGAUGUCCAUGGACCAGCUGCUGACCAAGCCCCGGCUGGGAACCUGCCACAAGUUCUGCCUGCACUCCUUCCAGCUGGCCAACAACAAGGCGAAGACGCUGAUGUUCUUCGAGGGCUGCCCGGCCCACCUGGGCUGCACGGUGAAGCUGCGCGGGGCGCUGGAGUACGAGCUGGCGCGCGUGAAGGAGAUCAUCGUGCUCAUGAUCUGCGUGGCGUACCACUCCCAGCUGGAGAUCUCCUUCCUGAUGGACGAGUUCGCCAUGCCGCCCAGCCUCGCCAAGACCAGCUCCUUCCCCUGCCUGCUGGAGAGCGGCGCGGGCGAGGAGGAGGAGGAGGAGGAGGAGCGGGAGGAAGAGCGGGGGGCCGUGGGCGACGGGGGCGACCCGUUCCCCGCGGGGGACGGAGGGCCGGGGCUCCCGGAGCAGGAGCAGGAGCGGGCGGGGCCCGGGCCGGAGUCCUCGGAGGGCCCCGGGGCCGCGGAGAGGCCGGACGGAGCCGGGGAGGACCCCGACGCGCUGACCUCCACCCCCGUGACCUGCGCCCCCGCCCCGCCCCCCGCGCCGCCCGUGACCCCGCCCUUCCUGAUGUCGGACCUGGGGGCGGGGCCGGCGGCGGAGGAGGCGGGGCCGAAGGGGGCGCUGGCGCGGGCCGGCUCGCGGGACAGCUCGGGCUCGGACACGCCCCCGCCCGCGCCCGCCACCCCGGCCCCGCCCGCCCCGCGGCUGUUCCGCGACCCGCUGCAGGACGACACCGGCAUGUUCGUGGCGGAGCAGGUGACCUCGUCGGACGACCGGCUGAAGUCUCUGUCGGCGGGGUUCCGGCAGGAGCUGAAGGACCUGAUCCUCUGCAUCUCGCCCUUCAUCUCCUUCAAGGAGCCCUUCCUCCUCACGCCGGCCGGCCUGCGCUGCCCGAGCCGGGACUACUUCCCCGAGCAGGUGUACCUCUCCCCGCUGCUCAGCAAGGACUUCCGCGAGCUGGACGGCCGCCGCAAGAGGCAGCUCCUCAAGGAGGCGGGGCCGCCCCACCCGGGGGGCGCGGCCAGCGGGGCGGCGUGUUUGGGCCCCGCCCCGCGGCCCCUGCAGGUGCUGCCGUCCCACCGGCUCACCAGCAUGCGCAUCGCGGAGCAGCUGGGCUGCAGCGGGUACCUGGCGCGCACGCUGGCCGACUUCCGCGCGCAGGGCGGCCGCAUCAAGACGCGCAACGCCGACCCCUUCGCCCAGGUCUGGGAGGCUCCGCCCCCGCCGCCCGCCAAGGCGCCGCCCGUCAAGGCCGACAGCGAGGAGGACCGCGGCCCGCCCCCCAACGACCUCACCUGGGCCUCCAAGAUGGACUGCCUGAAUCCCAUCAACCACCAGAGGCUCUGUGUGCUGUUCAGCAGCUCGUCCACGCAAUCCAACAACGCGCCCAAUCCCUGCGUCAGCCCCUGGAUCGUGACGAUGGAGUUCUACGGCAAGAACGACCUGACCCUCGGAAUAUUUUUAGAGAGAUACUGUUUCAGGCCGUCCUACCAGUGCCCCAGCAUGUUCUGUGAGACCCCGCGCAUGGUGCACCACAUCCGGCGCUUCGUGCACGGCAGCGGCUGUGUGCAGAUCGUGCUGAAGGAGCUGGACUCGCCCGUGCCCGGGUACCAGCACACCAUCCUCAACUACUCCUGGUGCCGCGUCUGCAAGCAGGUGACGCCGGUGGUGCCGCUGUCCAACGACUCCUGGUCCAUGUCCUUCGCCAAGUACCUGGAGCUGCGUUUCUACGGACACCAGUACACGCGGCGGGCGAACGCGGAGCCCUGCGGCCACUCCAUCCACAAGGACUACCACCAGUACUUCUCCUACAACCAGAUGGUGGCGUCCUUCAGCUACACCCCAGUGAGACUGCUGGAGAUCUGCCUCCCUCCCCCAAAGAUCUUCAUCAGGAACCAGGGCCCCUCCAAGAACAGCCUGCUGCAGGACCUCAAGGACUUCAGCCAGAAGGUGACUCAGGUGUACCUGGCCAUCGACGACCGGCUCACCUCCCUGAAGACCGAGACCUUCAGCAAGACCCGCGAGGAGAAGAUGGAGGACCUGUUCGCUCAGAAAGACAUGGAGGAGGUGGAGCUGCGCAGCUGGAUUGAGAAGCUGCAGGCCCGGCUGCUGUCCUGUGGGCUGGACGCUCCGCAGCAGCUGCAGGCCGUGCUGGAGUCCGUGGUCAUGAAGAAGCAGAGCCUGUGUGAGACGCUGCAGUCCUGGAACAGCAGGCUCCAGGACCUGUUCCAGCAGGAGAAGGGCAGGAAACGUCUGUCUGUCCCGCCCAGCCCUGGGAGACACAGACAGACGGACGACAGUAAGACGAGCGCUCUGGAAUCCUCCCCCCGUAACCCCUCCCCCGUGGUGCAGAACGGAGAGAAAGAGGACCGGUACCUGAGCACCAUGCCCUCCGGGUCCGGCUCCUCCUCCCUGCUGCAGCUGCCGUCGCCGGGGGAGAUGGGCGCCGAGCAACCGUCCUGUGGGCCAUCCUUCCCCGAGCAGGACUCCAUCAGCAUCCCAGAGGAUGUGUUUGACGGACACCUGCUGGGCUCCAAUGACAGCCAGGUGAAGGAGAAGUCCACCAUGAAGGCCAUCCUGGCCAACCUGUUGCCUGGCAACAGCUACAACCCCAUCCCCUUCCCAUUUGACCCGGAUAAGCACUACCUGAUGUACGAGCAUGAACGCGUGCCCAUCGCCGUGUGCGAGAGAGAGCCCAGCUCCAUCAUCGCCUUCGCCCUCAGCUGUAAGGAGUACAAGGCUGCUCUGGAGGAGCUGUCCAAGGUGGCCAUGAAGACCGGAGCUGAAGAGACAAACCAGACCAACAGCGUGGGGGAGAGCCGGGUGAAGAACAGCCCCGCCAAACCCAGCGAGGCCAGCGCCCCCCUGUCGGGCCGCUCCAGCACAGAGUCCGACCCUCUCAAAGAGCCUGAUGGAGGUGACAAGCAGAAGAAGGGAGCGGGGAACCCUCACAUCGAACUGCAGUUCUCGGACGCCAACGCCAAGUUCUACUGCCGGAUCUACUACGCGGAGGAGUUCCACCGCAUGCGGGAGGAGAUCAUGGCGAGCAGCGAGGACGACUUCGUGCGCUCGCUCUCCCACUGCGUCAACUGGCAGGCCCGCGGCGGCAAGUCCGGCGCCGUCUUCUACGCCACCGAGGAUGACCGGUUCAUCCUGAAGCAGAUGCCCCGGCUAGAGGUGCAGUCGUUCCUGGACUUCGCCCCCCACUACUUCACCUACAUCACCGGGGCCGUGCAGCAGAAGCGGCCCACGGCGCUGGCUAAGAUCCUGGGCGUGUACCGGAUCGGCUACAAGAACUCCCAGAACAACACGGAGAAGAAGCUGGACCUGCUGGUGAUGGAGAACCUGUUCUACGGCCGCAAGAUGGCGCAGGUGUUCGACCUGAAGGGCUCGCUGCGGAACCGCAACGUGAAGACGGACUCGGGCAAGGAGAGCUGCGAGCUGGUCCUCCUGGACGAGAACCUCCUGCGGCUGGUGCACGACAACCCGCUGUACAUCCGGGCGCACUGCAAGGCCAUCCUGCGCGCGGCCAUCCACAGCGACGCCUACUUCCUCACCAGCCACCUCAUCAUCGACUACUCGCUGCUGGUGGGCCGGGACGACGCCACGGACCAGCUGGUGGUGGGCAUUAUCGAUUACAUUCGGACCUUUACCUGGGACAAGAAACUGGAAAUGGUGGUCAAAUCCACUGGAAUCUUAGGCGGCCAAGGUAAGAUGCCCACGGUCGUUUCCCCGGAGCUGUACCGGGCCCGGUUCUGUGAGGCCAUGGACAAGUACUUCCUCAUGGUACCGGACCACUGGACCGGGCUGGGGGUGAACUGCUGAACGAGCGCCGGGGUGUUGAGCUGAGCCUGACGCCGGGACGGGGAACCGGCCCAAUCUGGAGCUCGCCUGGCCCCGCCUCUCCCUCUACACUGGGGCGACCAGUAAGGGGGCCCCCCCGUUCCUCUGUCUGCACUGGGGCGACCAUAAGGGGGGCCCCCGUCUCUGUUUAAGCUCCAGAGAAGCACACUUAAGUUAGGUUUGGUUGGACGGAUGCAGGUAAAGGUGUAGAAAUUAUUUAUCACUCCACAAACUCACUGGACUACAGGAGUGCACAGACGACCUGUCUCCACCCCUCAAACCGUGACAGGGGAUCACAGGAGGGGAGCGGGUAUGAAUCAGUGUUCUGGAAGUGCCAAGACUGUAUGGUCUUGUUGGUUUCCUUAAAAUCUUUUGGGACAUCGCACUGAAAUCCCUCGCAAGACUUUGUUGUCCCAGCAAGCCAAUUCUGAGAAUGUUUGUCGUAACUGUACAGAUAUUGAUGUAAUAAAAGAUUAACACGGUUUAUUAAAGUUU